UGAAAACAUGAAAAUAUGACAACAUGAGGCAGAGAGGAGGAGGCCUGAACGGACCGCGGGCGAGAGACACUGACUGUCUGUAGACCAACAGCAGAGAGAGAGAGAGUGGAGGUGUGAAAGUGGAGGAGGGGGAGGAAGAUGCUGUUGCCCUGGAGGCUGCUCCUCUGGCAGGUGGCUCUCACCUUAUUCCAUCAUGCUGUUACAGCUAGCCUGUGUCUGGGGGGGUCAGACAUCUUUGCAUCUGUCAGAGAGAACAGUCCGAUGGGUCAGUUCAUCUCUAACCUCAGCAUCAGCGGAGAACCAGGAGCUAACGCUGUUCGACUGUGUCUGACUGGAGACAAUGCCGACUGGUUCUACUUAGAGGGUCGCACCAUCCGACUGAACGCCUCCGUGUCCAGAGUCCUCGACCGAGAGGUUCAGGGAUCAGUGCUGAUAGCAGAGCUGACCUGUUAUGAGGAUGAUGUCAUACAGAGUCAGUACAGGAUCCUGGUGGAGAUCCUGAAUGAAAAUGACAACAAACCGAACUUCCUGGAGGAGACGAUUCACCCGUUCACCAUCAGUGAGCUGACAGCAGUGGACAGCGUGGUUCUCACUGUGAAGGCAGUCGAUGCAGAUGGAGACAUGAUCAGUUACAUCAUCGAUCAGUCAUCGCGUGACGCAUGGUUCUUCAGGAUCGAUCUACCGAACAGCGGAAACAUAGUUCUGAACAAACCUCUGGACUAUGAGACCAGAACUCACCUGCAGGUGAUCGUCUGGGCCCAGGAAAAUACUGUGGAGAAAUUCAACACAUCUGCUGUUCUGUCCGUGAACAUCGAGGACGGGGACGACCAAUAUCCUCACUUCCUGCCCUGCACACCUGUCUCUCCAGGUGUUCCUGUCUGCACGAACCCGACCUACACUGCCAACAUCACACACAAACAGCAGGAUGAAGUUCUGGUGUUUUCUCCUGGUCCGAUCAGGGCGGAGGACGGAGACAGAGGAAUCAACACUCCUCUGAUCUACAGCAUCCUGUCAGGUGGUGAUCAGGGCAGAUUUGUGAUCAACAACAGGACUGGUGAGAUCCAGUUAACCAGACCUGUGAUCAGCCAGCGACUGACAACAAACUUCACACUCAACGUCAUGGUCUGCCAGGUGAACGACCGACUGAAGUACAGCGUGGCGUCUGUUCUGAUUAGAGUUCUCAGUGAGAACAUGUUCCCUCCGAUCUUCAACAGAACCGUUUUUAAAGGUUUCAUCAUCCAGAGCUCUAGCCCCGCCUCCAUUGUCUCCACCUAUGGGAACCAGGUGUUACAGGUCCUGGUGUCAGACCGCGACUUCUCUGAUGGCCUGAAUCCACACAUCCACUACUCCCUCCAUCCUCCAUCUGGACUGUACCAAGUGACCCAGGGGGGGGUUCUGAUAGCCAGGACGGACAAACUGCAGGCCUUUGACAGACACAUACUUCAGGUCGUAGCCAGAGAUGAAGAAUCAGGAGAAGAAGUUUCAGCUUCAGUGGACGUUGAAGUCCUGCAGAGAGGACAAACAGUACCUCGUGGUGCGUUCACUGAGCAGCAGUUGUUUGGAGACGUGGACAGCAGACUAGCAGGAGGAAUCGCAGCAAUGAUCAUGGUGUUGUUUCUGUCGUCCGUUCUGUUUCUGCUGCUUCGAACUAUGAGGAGAAGACGAGGACCCAGAAAUGCCGAUGAACACGCAGCCGUUGACCUCGGAAAACAUCCCAACGUGGUGAGCUCCAGUCGGCCAGUGUUCUCUCUGGAGGAGUCUCUAUACGACAGCAAAGCUUUCAGGCAUGAAUAUGAGUCUUCGUCACAGUCAGACAGUCUGCAUGGCAGACAGGGAGUCUACACCAGGAGACACUCUCUGCUUCCUCCUCCUUCAUCACCACCGAACGUUAUCGUCAGUGAUCCUGGAGGAAGAUCCAGACUUCGCUCUGAUCUGUUUCCUGUCGUAGAAAAACCAGAGUGGCGACCUGAGGCGACGGAGAGCGCUGAAACCCUCAGAGUGUCUGAUGUCAGGGAGGGGUCGGCCACAGGUGUGUCCACAGGCGUUCACGAUGAUGACAUCACAGCAGCGGACGCAGAGACUCUUCCGGGAGACAACGACACGAAAACAAACGGAUGGGAGGAGACGUAA